CACCCCCCUCCCCUCCCCUGUGCAGAAAUGCUUCCCGUCCUAACACGCAUCAGUCCACCAUGGCAGUGCACACGUCCAACUCUGUGCCAAAACAAUGAAGGUGUAGUUUUAAAAGCCUACAGGGCAGAAAAUGAGUCCAGUCGGCCGCACUUGUCACGUCUGAACCGGAUUACCGCAACGUUAAACUUCCGCUCAUCUGAUUGGUUGACCUUUGCCUCGUGACGAAUGUUUGGAAAUACGCAGUACGUCGUUUUUUGUCCCUGAAAAUAAAUUAAAAUCCUUAUUUAUUGUUCUAAUAUACGUGUCAGCAGUCGUGCAGAACAGCUGAUUUGUACUACAGUAAUAUUUAAUGACAGAUUAUCCGUUUAUUUUUUAUUCAAUUCACCAAAAUAUUAAUGCAGCCUUCAAGUGAUCAUUGGAAAUGUCGUAUUUACGAGUUAUGGGUACAUGGACCGCACUCCAAAAUCGCAAUUACGACUGGGAAAUUUCGAUUUUCUUUUUUUUUUUUUAGGGCAGGAAAAAUGGAUGAAUGCUUGUAAACAGUAACUACAAUUUAAACAGUUACAGGGGUAUUCUAACAAAUCUCAGCUAAUAUUAGUUAAUCAUUAUAAUGUUAUUUAAACCUAAAUACAACUAAAAUAAUGCCUGUAAUUCAAUCUGCUGCUGGAGAACACAGGAGCUCUGUCCCACUUGCAUCGGCCACGAAACAAACAACCUCAGGCGUCCAUGUUUGUUGUUUUGUUUUCCCAACUGCAUCUGGAACGUACGACAUUUCCUUGAAGUACGCGAAGGCACCAUAACUUCCGCAUGUAUGCUGCAUUCAGGGCCGAUACGACCGUUUUUACAACUCUCAACCGUUCCGUUUGCUUUGAUGUAAAUACAUUUUAAUCUUUAUAUUAUACUCGUAUAUGUUUUGUUUUAUUCAGAAGAUGAGUUUAUUUGGACGAACAGCUUUUGAAGUGCAUAGGGAGACGCUGACCAAGAGUCCUCAAAGAGCACAAUUGCGAAUAUUUCUACACCCGCUAAAUGCAUCAUCAACCCAAAGAGAAAACAUGGCGGCCUGCUUCAGCAUGGUCACAAGAGUGACAGCACUGGCUGCUGUGCUCAAGCCGGUGUCCGCACAUUUAUCAAGGCCGGGGGCAAAUGUGUGUGUUCGCUUUUCGCACGGAGUCCGGAGCAGUCUGUACGAGCAUGUCCGUGAAGGUUACAGUGACAAGCCGGAGCUGGACAUGAGAGCAGUGUGUGAGGAGACCGACAAAGUCAUCGCAGACGUAGAGAAGAGGAAGGGCGACCUGCGAGGGGACGAUGUCAGGAAGAUUGUUUGUGUGUGGCAGGAGCUCCAGGCAGUGAGGACAGAAAUCUCUGUGCUGGAGGAGCAGAAGAAACACAUCAGUGAAACUGUCAAAGCCCUGGUGGCCAGUAACAACAAGAAAGCCCUUUCCAGUCUUCCAGAGUACACGCAGGCUCUGCAGAGGGGUCGGGAGAUCCGCAUCAGACUGAAUCAGCUCCAGCCUCGAGAGACGGAGCUGGAUCAGGAGCACUAUAUACGAGCACUCAGACUGCCCAACACCUCCCACCCUGACGUGCCAGUUGGGGAUGAGAGCCAGGCGAGGGUGGUGGAGCUGGUUGGACAGAAACCAGAUUUUGACUUCAAGCCCAAAGGCCAUGUGGAGCUGGGGGAGGAGCUGGGUCUCAUCAGGCAAAGACAUCUAGCUCAUGUGUCAGGCCACAGGUCCUACUAUCUGAGGGGGGUCGGAGCCAGACUUCAGACUGCGCUCCAAAACUUUGCCCUCGACAAAGUGCUGCGACGGGGCUUCAUCCCGAUGGUUGUACCUGACGUGCUGAAGGGGGCAGUAUUUGAGGGUUGUGGGAUGCAGCCCAACGCUCACCGCUCUCAGGUCUACACGCUGGAUCCAGCCCGUUUCCCAGACCUCAACCUGGCAGGGACCGGAGAGGUCGGCAUUGCAGGCUAUUUCAUGGAUCAUGCAGUGAGCUGGAAGGACCUGCCUGUCAGGUCGGCGUGCAGCAGCACCUGCUACAGGGCGGAGACGGACACAGGCAGAGAGACAUGGGGCCUCUACAGAGUUCAUCACUUCAACAAGGUGGAGAUGUUUGGAGUGACAGCUGAUGAGACGGGACAGGAGAGCUCUCAGCUGCUGGAGGACUUUGUCUCUUUGCAGAAAGAGAUUUUCUCUGCUCUGGAGCUACACUACAGAGUGCUGGACAUGCCGACGCAGGAGCUCGGUCCUCCUGCACACAGGAAGUUUGACAUCGAAGCGUGGAUGCCUGGAAGGGACAGCUAUGGAGAAAUUUCCAGUGGGUCAAACUGCACAGACUACCAAAGCAGACGUCUCAACAUCCUGUAUGAGAGAGAGGACGGCAGCCUGCAGUACGCCCACACAGUGAAUGCUACAGCAUGUGCAAUCCCUCGAACCAUCAUCGCCAUCCUGGAGACUCACCAGACCAAAGAGGGAACAGUGCGUGUCCCCCGAGCUCUGCAGCCUUAUUUGGGCCUAGAAGUCAUUGAGAAGCCAAAGUACGCUCCGCUGAAGUACAUCGGACCCAACCAGCACACUCGACCCCCCAGGCCUGCUCCAAAGACUAGAUGAUCAAAAUACCAGUGAAGUGCUUUAAAAACCAGACAGCGUCCACGACAACCUGACAUGGGAGCCAGUUCACAUUCGACACCAUUAAUGACGGGCACACACGGUACAAUCUCCACGGUACAAAGGCCAACUUAAGCCAGACUUUUGAGUCGUACGGCUGACUGUGGCGGGUGCACUGAGGCACAACGCCCAAUCACGGUCUGGUCGGCUGUUUUCUGACAUGUUUGAUAUUUUUUGUCGCACAGUGAGAUCUGAGACUUUUUUUUCCUGAUUAUGCCUACACAACCAAUCACCAUGGCAACAGCAGGUAUGCCUGUUUAAUCUGUCUACCCCUCUGAUCGUGAAAGAAGCGCUGGUACAAGAUAUCUGCAGACCUCCAGCUGAUGGAAUAUUUGUUAUGAUUUAGCCUCUAGUGAGCUCGUGUUUAUCGGUGAUGGUGAGUGUGAGAGAGAGAGCGUUCUUGCCGGUGUGUGUAUUUGAGCCAUGCAUCAGACAACUGACAUACACAUCUAUUGAGAAUAGAUUGUGAA